AUGUCACUUUUGUACACUCGUUGGGUUCAUCAUGGAGAGUCUCCAGACGGCCAGGUUGCUGAGUUCAGAGAGGAGGAGGUACAGCAUGAUGAAUAUGAUGAUGGUGGAGGGAUACAUUUGGGUGAGGAUGACCAAGAUCAUGACCAAGCUGAUGACCAAGAUGAUGAUCACGGAGUCACGAAGAUGAUAUCAGAUUUGUACACAGUAGUAGAGGAAGAUGGAGGGACUCCAAGCUUUGCCAAAGUUCUUGCCGAUGCCAAGCGGUCACUUUGCCUGGGAUCAGCGCAUUCUAGAUUCUCCUUUCUAGUGAGACUUUUCUAUAUGAAGUCUCGCUAUCGACUUGGCAAUAACUUUUUUACUGCAUUGUUGAAGUUAUUGUCCAAUGCAUUCCCUCAGUGUCAGUUUCCAAAGUUGUAUGAUGAGGCGAAGAAGUAUCUUCAUGAAUUGGGCAUUGCAUAUGAAUCAAUCCAUGUUUGCAAGAACAAUUGUGUUUUGUUUCGUAAGUCUGAGGUGUUUGACAUGGAUUAUGCCAACCUAGAAGCAUGCCCAGUUUGUGAUGAAUCUAGAUGGGAAGGUGGUGAGAGUGGCAGGUGGGUUCCUCAUAAGGUCUUGAGGCACUUUCCACUUAUACCAAGGCUGAAGAGGAUGUUUGCCAUGAAACGAACUGCUGAGGAGGCCCAGUGGCACAAGGUGGGUAGGAAGCCAGUCGCCAAUGAAAUGAGCCAUCCAGCUGAUGGGGAGGCAUGGAAGGACUUUGAUAGGAAGUAUCAAUCUUUUGAAGCGGAUGCAAGGAACUUGAGGCUUUCCCUAGCUACAGAUGGUUUCAACCCUUUUGGCAACAUGAGCACUCAAUAUAGCAUGUGGCUAGUGCUUGUGACACCUCUGAACCUACCACCAUGGGAAUGUGUCAAUUCAGCCAACUGUUUUAUGUCUUUGCUCAUCCCGGGUCCAUCAUCUCCUGGAAAAGAUUUUGACUUGUUUCUCGAGCCUCUAAUUGAAGAAUUGCUUGCUCUUUGGAAAGGAGUGUCCACUUAUGAUGCUGAUCAUGAGUGGCGGAAAAGCUUGGCUUUUGAUGGCCGCUGUGAAACCAGGGAUGCGCCGGGCAAAUUCAGUAGUAAAGAGGUUCAAGUGGAACUAGAGAAGGUGAAAGAUGUGAGGCCAGGAAAGCAUCUCGCACCCGCACCCAGGAAAAGGAAGCGUGGGGAGAAAAGCAACCCCAAAAUUUGGAGUCGCAAAGUUGGGUUGUGGAAGCUACCAUAUUGGAAGGACUUGUUGCUGCCACACAAUCUCGAUGUUAUGCACAUAGAGAAGAACAUUUGUGAUGCCCUCCUUGGCAUAUUACUCAAAAUUGAGGGCAAGAACAAGGACACCGAAAAUGCAAGGUUGGAUUUGUAUGAUAUGGGCAUUAGACACGAAUUUCACUUGCGAGAGGAUGGAGAUGGGUGUAGGAUGCCAGAGGCUUUCUAUGUAUUGAACAAGGAAAAUAGAACUAGAUUCUGCAAGUUCCUCAAAGGUGUGAAGUUUCCACAUGGUUAUGCCGCCAACCUAGGCAGAUUCAUAAGUGCAAAUGGUACCAAGUUGCAGGGGCGGCUGAAAACUCAUUGUUGCCAUGUACUACUGCAAAAGAUCAUGCCUGCUGGAUUAAGAGGAUUGGUGAGGAAAGAUGUGUAUGAAGCAAUUGCUGAGCUUGGGGACUUUUUCAGAGAAUUGUGUAGUAGAAAUCUGAAGAUAGAUGUUGUGAAAGGACUAAAGGAGAAAAUCCCAGUUAUCCUUUGCAAGCUUGAGAAAAUUUUCCCUCCAGCCUUUUUUGAUGUCAUGGUGCACCUAGUUGUGCAUCUACCUGAUGAGGCAUUGCUUAGAGGCCCUGUUCAGUAUGGAUGGAUGUACCCAAUAGAGAGGAGAUUGGGUACUUUGAAGAAUUUUGUGAGUAACAGGGCGAGGCCUGAAGGAUCAAUUGCGGAGGCCUAUGGCGCAAGUGACACCUUGACAUUUUGUUCGUGGUAUAUGGCGGAUGUCGACACCAAAUUCUACAGUAAUGAUGCCAUCAAUGUAGAUGAACCAUUAGAUAGUGACCCUGAAAUUUUUAAGCAUGGUGUCAAACUUGUAGGAGCCGACAGGAGGACAUACAUCGAUGAUAAGAUGUAUUUCAGACUAGUUUGCUUUGCUGAUGGUUAUGCUUUUCCGGACAGCAUCUACUGGGCAGAGUUAUUGCAAGAAGGGCCACUUGAUGUUGAAAAAAGGCUUGAAAAUGGUUUUCCUAACUGGUUUAGGAGCCACAUCGCCAAGAAGCGCAUAGAUCGUCCAAAAGAGGUUACUGAUGGAUUGUAUGCUUUGUCUUGUUUUCCUAAUCUUCGAGUGGGGUUUUGGUCUGCUUGCAUUGUCAAUGGAGUCAGGUAUAACACAGUGCACCGUGAGAAAUACUUGCAGACUCAGAACAGUGGUGUAAUGACUCCAGGUACUCAUGGUGAUGCUGAAAUUGAUUUUUAUGGUGUCCUUAAUGAGAUUAUUGAGCUGCAGUAUAACGCCACUGCACCAGCCACUCGGGAACUGAACUUCGAUGGAGUAUAUCAGUCACUUCGAAUUGUUAAAAAUUUAAUCGAUACUGGGUCAUGCCACUCUUGUGCAGCAUCUGAUGGCGUCAUCUCUACGUUUCUUGAAUUUACCAGCCUCAUUAUCAGAAUUAAUCUUUCUGAUGCUUAUGGCCCUGCAGUUAAGACAAUUGAUUUAACAUCUGAAGAUGAUUUACACAUGGAGAUCCAACAAGAACAGGACAAAUCAGGGAAUUUUGACAUGAUAGAACCGGGCUACAACGACCAUGCAGCUGACCCUGCUUCAUUAAUGCUCUCAGGAUCACAAAACAAAGGGACCAAGAAUUUGCAAUCUACACAGAAAAUUAUAACAACAUUCUAA